UGAUCUUCCAUUAAAGUCAGACACCAACGUCCACGGAACUCAACGAAUAUACAGCCAAGGGACGGCAUCACUGACGUUUUCCCGUUUCAUUUCUGAAGGCUUCGCUGAUAGAUUUAUAGAUCGAACAAACAUUUGGAUUACAUAUUUGUAUCACGAGUAGUUCUCUGAUGAAGCCCACCAACCGAUUUUAUAGAAGGGAAUGAAAAGGUCGAAAAUUAUCAGCUCAAUUGUUUUACUUUCAGUCCCGCUGCGAUUUCAUGGCAUCAACAAGCAAAAACUCGACCCCACUGGAUGAGGAUCAUGGAGAGGCGUUUGAACAUUUUGAUGAUUUCACUUUGGCAUCUUCAUGGGAAAGGCUCAUAUCUGAGGUAGAGGCGAUUUGCAGACAAUGGCUUGCUGAUGGCCCGAGAAACUUAUUGAAGAAGGAUGCUGUUCCGUUGGAAGCCCCUGAAGGACUUCAUAAGGUCAAAUCUGAACUUAAGUGUGCUACUAAAAGCUAUCUGAUGGAGUACUAUUUUGAAACAAAUAGUGAUGGAAAACUGAGUGAUUGGACUCAUGUGCUGCAUGGUUUGCAGCUCUCCUUUGGGGUAAAAAACUUUCUGGUGAUUGCUCCCCAAAGUGCAAGUGGUGUGCUUCUUGAUAGACCAGAGGCCACCAAGCUGUUAAGUGCAGUUGCUAUUGCACUAUCCAACUGUUCCAGUUCAUGGCCCGCUUUUGUUCCAGUUCAUGAUCCAUCUCGUAAAGCUUUCAUUGGUAUUCAGAAUGUGGAUACACAUCUCACAAGAAGAUUUGAGGCUGACCGUAUAGGUAGUCAGGUUCCUGUGACGCUAUUGCACUAUGAGGGAUUAUUUGAGCUAUUUGUUUCAAAAUUUGCCUUUAAUACGGAUUUGUCAGAGCAUCUUUUCAAAGUGAACCUCAAGGUUAAGCUGACCUACAAGUCGCUUCCCAGUGAUGAUGAAGAUGAUACCCAAGAAAAUGAUGCUGAAAUACUAGAAUCUGAUGAGGGUCCUAAAAACUACAGACAUAACAAGACACAAUGGGAUGAUGAUUGCCCUUGGAGUGAAUGGUACACAGUUGAGGACCCAAUAAAGGGAAUUGAAUUGUAUGCUCUAUGGCCUGAGACAACAGUUGGAAGCUCUGCAGAUAUGGCGGAAUUGGAAAAUGCUUCACCCUUUGAGGCUGAGAAGUGGUUGAUAUCUCCAAAUUUAUCUGAAGCUCUCAGAAAUAAUGGGAAAAGCAUUGGAUUUGCAUCACAGUUGCAUUGUUUAGUUGCUGCUCUGGAUAAGUCGUUUCAGGCUCAAUUCAUAGAAGAUUUUGUGUCAGUUGAGAAGUCUGGCUCUGAAGGUGUAAAAUCUACUGCUGUCGUACCUCCACCAACAGUUCUCGAUCGUGUGCUAAAAGAUCUUUUUAAUGAGGUUGAUGAUGUGCAACUUGGUUCCCCUGAAGACGAGCAUAAGAGUUCUCGAGCCAUCAAAGGGGCCCCUCUUCAAUCUCUUUUUGCACAGUUCUGUCUUCAUGCUCUAUGGUUUGGAGAUUGCAAUAUACGGGCUAUUGCUGUACUCUGGAUAGAGUUUGUAAGAGAAGUUCGUUGGUUUUGGGAAGAGUCACAACCAUUGCCCCGAAUGCCAGCAAAUGGUGUAAUUGACUUAUCAACUUCUUUGGUUAAUCAGAAACUGCACAUGCUUGCGAUUUGCAUAAGUAAGAAACAGCAACAGAACCAAAGGCAUCAUGAAGAAGUUGAAAACCAUGAUAUGCUUCAUGCUCGUGUAAAGGAAGAUAAUGAUGACCAGAGUGAGGUAUAUUCUGAAGGAGUCAUGCAUGAUUCUCUUGGGGAACGUAAGAGGAGAGGAUCGGCCGGUAAAGUGGGCUCAAUGAUGCUUCUGAAAUCACAACAAAGCAUGCACACUCCGUACACCCAGGAUCCACUGCUUAUGACUGAGGACAUGCAUGAAGAACGUCUCCAGGCAGUUGAAGCUUUUGGCAAUGCCUUUAGCUUUUCAGCCAAGUUGGAAAAAGAGGUUUUGUCAUCAGAUAUGUCUGCAUUUAAAGCAGCAAAUCCAGAUGCUGUAUUUGAAGAUUUUAUCAGAUGGCAUUCACCUAGAGACUGGGAAAUCAGUGAUAAUGAAGCAAUGGGAGGGUCAAGUGAAGAGUGGCCUCCUCAAGGAAGACUUUCAGGAAGAAUGUCAGAUAAAGGGAAUUCCUGGAGAAUAAUUUGGAGCGAAGCCCUCCCUUUGCCAGCUUCUGAACAGAAACCUCUUCUGGAUCCAAACCGUGAAGGUGAAAAGGCUCUUCAUUAUUUAGAAACAUUGCGACCUAAUCAGUUGUUGGCCCAAAUGGUUUGUACUGCUUUCAGAGCGGCAGCUGACACACUGAAGCGUACAACUUAUGGAAGUUUGAAGCAUAUGUCAACCAAAAUUGACCAACUCUACCUCACCUUGGCAUCAACCUUGAGAUGCUUCCAAAAAAACAGUCUUUCAGUUGAUCUUGAAAUUAUUGAUGACCUGAACCGGCUUUCUUCCAUCUUUGAACAUGUGGAGAAGUUGGUCACCUUUGCUGCUUCUCUACAUCGUAAGUUCAUGCAGGCCCCACGCUUAUCUGAAGCAAUUUUCAUUGACUAUUUUAACUUCAAUAUUCCUAGAAUGGGAACUGCCUCAGCUGGAAAUUAUACCAAGGAGUUCACAAAGAAGCAACGAGUAAGGCGCCGUGAGAGAGAGGUUGUUGCAAACAUGUUCACCCCGCCCACCGCCAACCAGUCAUGGAGGAAAGUGUUGAGCAUGGGGAAUCUACUUAAUGGGAACGAACCAAUUCUAAGAGAAGUCAUAUUUUCCAAAAUAGAAACAAUAAGAGGAAGUUAUUAUGCUACAAAUAAUACUCCCAAAAACUGUGGGCAGGAGGAUAUAGAGACACAUAGGAUGUAUAUAUGUGGAACGUCAAACGAUCUAAGUGUAGCACUUGCUGUUUCCUCUUGUGACUAAUUCUGUCUUGUAAUGAAAUUUGUACUUUCAGUUUCGUCGACUUGUAAAUCAUGUUCAUUUCCUUCAUGCACACAAAAACCGGUUCACCUCAUAUUUCUGUCUAUAAAUAUUAUGAAACUUUUCUACUG